GCCACAGUCCUUCUCCUUCCCUCUGUGUACACUGACCCUCCCCAUCUCUCUCUCUCGACACUGAUCCUCUCUGUCUAUCUAUCUCCCUCUCUUGACACUGACCUUCUCUAUCUCUCUCCCAUUCACAUCGGUGACCAUGGCGCUCUCACUCUCUCUCUGGACACGGACCUUCUCUCUCUUUCUCUCUCUCCCUCUGGACACUGACUCCCUCUCUCUCUAUCCAGACACUAACACUAACGCUCACGCACACACAAAUAAACUGUGGCGUGUUUCUGUGAAUCCAAUAACCAGGGGGGAGGCGGCCUGUAGCCCUCUGUUGCUGAUUGGGAGACUCCGAGUCCGAGCCCCCAUAAGAAGACAGUGCGAGUCCCAUCGAGCCCUUAGAGCCGCGGUCUUGCGUGUUCCGAUGUGCAGCCUGCAGAGCGCCUUCCUGCGCUGGGCCGUGUUCCUGCUGCCGCCUCCUCAGAGGGAGUCGCUGUCGCACGGCGGCUUCAUCUUCUGGGCAAAGCCCAGGCCCCGGGGUCCAUGGAACGGCUCAGUCCGGGCCCGGGCCCCGCCUCGGGGCGGGCGGAGGGAGGUUAUGGGCGGAUACGGCCCGCCCUCGGCAGCAACAGCGGGCCCGAGCCUCGGAGACACUGCUCCCUGUCCGCUCGCUAUCGACCACCGGAGCCUGGCGCACCCCGAGCGGUCGCUGAUGGAAGAUGUUGUACUGGGCCGGCCGCAGGGACCUGAGUCCCCGGUCUCCGAGCUCCCAGGUCCCGGGGAUGUGAGUCUUUCCCCCACCAUCCGGAUUCAAGUGGCGCCGGCCGAGGAAGAGCUGCUUAGUCCCGGAGAACCGAGUCUCGGCGGCGGGGAAAACUCCCGUGCCUCGUUCAGUGGAGCAGAGGAUGAGCUGGACAAUGACUGGAGAUCGCCUGAACCUGAGCUAAUACAAAAACUAAUUGCUCAGAUUGAAUAUUACCUUUCUGAUGAGAACCUGGAGAAAGAUGCAUUUCUUCUGAAACAUGUGAGAAGAAAUAAAAUGGGAUAUGUCAGUGUUAAACUACUGACAUCCUUCAAAAAGGUGAAGCAUCUCACUCGUGAUUGGCAAACCACUGCCUUUGCUUUGAAGCACUCGGAGCUACUAGAACUGAAUGAAGAAGGAAGAAAGGUGAGAAGGAAGACUGCUGUUCCAGUGUUUCCUAGUGAAAACCUUCCCAGUCGGAUGCUGUUGAUAUAUGAUUUACAUGUGUGUCCAGAAUUUCAAUUCUUAAACCAAAAUCACAAGUCUGAAAAUGGAGGAUUACAAGAGAAGUUAAUAGAGCACAUAUUAAAAGUAUUUGGCUUGUUUGGUACAAUUUCUUCUGUUCGAGUUCUAAAACCUGGAAAGGAACUUCCUGCAGAUGUGAAGAGAUUAAGUAAUCGGUAUUCCCAGUUGGGUGUGAAAGAGUGUGUAAUUAUAGAGUUUGAAGAUGUUGAAUCUGCAAUCAAAGCACACGAGACACUUGGAAAAACUGAUGAGGGCAUGAAAGUGGUGCUGAUAGGGAUGAAACCACCAAAGAAGAAAGGUGUCAGAGAGAAGACCAAAGAACCUGAAGAUCUUUAUAAGAAUGUGUCAAAAAGCAAAUCUGCCAAUAAGCGAGUUGAGGAGCUGCAGUACAUGGGUGAAGAUUCCUCUGCAUACAGCUCAUCUGAAGCUGAAAGCAACCCUGCAUCACCCAUGCUGAGCCGCAAGCUUAAACCCAAUAAUCAGCUGAGCCCUAACUUGUAUCAAAAUCACCUGAGCCCUAAUACUUCACCUCGAUCUAGUCCAUGGAAUAGUCCACGUUCAAGUCCUUCAAUACACCGUAAAAACACCAUUCCCUGUAAAUCCACACUUGCUGGAGAUGCAAAACUCAGUAUUACAACUUCUGAAAUUGGAAGUAAGUGGACUGACUAUUCAUCUGACAGUAGCAAUACACCAUCAGGCAGUCCAUGGGUACAGAGAAGAAAGCAAGCACAUGCAUUAUCAUAUGAGAACAGCCCUGUAGACAGCCCUAUGCUUUCCCAAAAAACACAUAAUGCAGGUGGACUACCACGAGGAGUAAUGCGUUUGCCUAGAGGGCCAGAUGGUACAAAAGGAUUCCAAACUCAUGCUGAAAGGAAUAAGCCACUUGUAAUCUGAUGUGCUGUUUUGUUUCUGUUCCUUAUAAUAUAUAUCUUCCUAUCCUUUUUUAGAAUAACUGAGAUUAUGUAUGUGACUAAUGGAAAAGUUUAUACCAAAAAAUGGGAUCAAAGUGAAGCAAUUUUCUAAGUGUUUAAGUUUUUUGUAACUUCUGCAGUGGUAAACUGCAAUGACAUUAUUUGCCUGUAUUUUGGGAAAGUAAUCUACCUUUUUUUUUAAAAAAAAAAAACUUGAAAGCUUUUGUUCUGAAGGAAAAGCGGCAGCUUCCUAAUUUUGAGAUGAAACACUAGAGGGGGGGAAAAAGUAUUAUACACUGUGGCUUACAGCACAAAUUAAAACAGCCACCAAUAAGUUGGCUAACCUGACAUGAGAAAGUAAGUUUCCUGCUGGUUGUUGUAAAAUCUGAGCUGUACUUGGAAUUAAUAAGUAUGGAAAAGUAUGCAUUGGCAGUCACAUUUGGACAAAUCAAGAUUGUAUUACUGUUACAAAUAAAAGUAGAUUAAGCAGUUUA